AUGUCUGAAAUUACCCUAGGUCGCUACCUUUUCGAAAGAUUAAAGCAGGUCGAUGUGACCACCAUCUUCGGUUUGCCAGGUGACUUCAACCUACGUCUCUUGGACGAGAUCUACGAGGUCUCCGGUAUGAGAUGGGCCGGUAACGCCAACGAGUUGAACGCCUCGUACGCCGCCGACGCCUACGCCCGUAUCAAGGGUAUGUCGUGUUUGAUCACCACCUUCGGUGUCGGUGAGUUGUCCGCGCUCAACGGUAUUGCCGGUUCCUACGCCGAGCACGUCGGUGUCUUGCACGUUGUCGGUGUCCCAUCGAUCUCCGCCCAGGCCAAGCAGCUAUUGUUGCACCACACUCUAGGUAACGGUGACUUCACCGUCUUCCACAGAAUGUCCGCCAACAUCUCUGAGACCACCGCCAUGAUCACCGACGUGGCCACCGCCCCAGCCGAGAUCGACCGUUGCAUCCGCACCACUUACAUCCGUCAAAGACCAGUGUACUUGGGUUUGCCAGCCAACGUUGUCGACCAGAUGGUCCCAGCCAAGUUGCUAGAGACCCCAAUCGACUUGGCCUUGAAGCCAAACGACCCUAACGCUGAGGAGGAAGUCGUUGCUACUUUGCUAGAGAUGAUCAAGGACGCCAAGAACCCUGUCAUCUUGGCCGAUGCCUGUGCCUCCAGACACGACGUCAAGGCCGAGACCAAGAAGCUCAUUGACGUUACUCAAUUCCCCUCUUUCGUCACCCCAAUGGGUAAGGGUUCCAUCGACGAACAGCACCCACGUUUCGGUGGUGUCUACGUCGGUACUUUGUCCUCCCCAGCCGUCAAGGAAGCCGUCGAAUCCGCCGACUUGGUCUUGUCCGUCGGUGCCUUGUUGUCCGACUUCAACACCGGUUCUUUCUCUUAUUCCUACAAGACCAAGAACGUUGUCGAAUUCCACUCCGACCACAUCAAGGUCAGAAACGCCACUUUCCCAGGUGUCCAGAUGAAAUUCGUUUUGCAAAAGCUCUUGACCAAGGUUGGUGACGUUUGCAAGGACUACAAGCCAGUCGCAGUUCCAGCUUUGCCAGCUGCUAACGCCGAAGUUGACCCAGCCACCCCAUUGAAGCAACAGUGGUUGUGGAACCAAGUCGGCAAGUUCUUGCAAGAAGGUGACAUUGUCAUCACCGAAACCGGUACUUCUGCCUUCGGUAUCAACCAGACCCACUUCCCAAACAACACCUACGGUAUCUCCCAAGUCUUGUGGGGUUCUAUCGGUUACGCCACCGGUGCCUGUUUGGGUGCCGUUAUGGCCGCCGAAGAAUUGGACAAGGCCAAGAGAGUUAUCUUGUUCACUGGUGAAGGUUCUUUGCAAUUGACCGUCCAGGAAAUCUCCACCAUGGUCAGAUGGGGUCUAAAGCCAUACUUGUUCGUCUUGAACAACGACGGUUACACCAUUGAGAGAUUGAUUCACGGUGAGAAGGCUCAAUACAACGACAUUCAGCCAUGGAACCACUUGGAAUUGUUGCCAACCUUCGGUGCCACUGACUAUGAAACCGUCAGAGUGUCCACCACUGGUGAAUGGAACAAGUUGGCUGAGUGCCCUAAGUUCAACAAGAACGACAAGAUCAGAAUGAUCGAAAUCAUGUUGCCAGUUAUGGACGCUCCAGAAUCUUUGGUCAAGCAAGCUCAAUUGACUGCUGCCACCAACGCCAAGUCUACUUAA